CUUAGGCAGGGAGCUGAUGGAGCUCGAGGAGACAACACAUCAAAACUCAAGGCUCUUGUUGCCGACUGGGUCAAUCGUGAACUCAAACCGAAUCCCCUGGUGGACCCCGACGAUAAACAUACUCACGGGUUUAUCAACGACGUGUGUGGCAAGUUACUCUGCCCGGCCGAGCUGGACUGGAAUAACCCAGCAUAUGCAGGGAUUCGAGAUCGCUCUCAAGGUUAUAUUGUGACAGAGCUAUCUUUUCCGGCCUUUUUGUAUGAAAAGUAUACUGCCAAUUUGGACGAUUUAGAGGCAGGCCUUUUCAAAGGGCGAAUUUUGGUGCAGGGUUUUAAGGCUGUCUUCACGUCACCCUCCUCAGCAAAGGACGUCGAUGGCGACGGCGAUGGCGCAGACAUCAUCGAGAACAAUAGACACGCCAGGAGGGCUGGCUGGGGACUCAAGGCAAAAAAACAUGUUGCGCAGAUAAUUAAGAUGGAGAAAGUCACUCCUCGCUCGAUUGCGUAUAUCGCCUGUCAAGUACGAUUUGCACUUUCUUCCAUCACGUUAUGGCGGACCGUUGACGGUGACUUCGACUAUAUACAAUUCUGGCGGUCCAUCGUGGACUUCUUCAAAUGA